CUUCCUCGGAUGCUCCGGCGGGGCAGCGUUGCCCGCGAGGACAGAUGGGCGCAUUCCCGGCCUGACGAGUGAGCAGUCGGGCACGUGAACUCCCACCUCCAAUUUGGCUCCGAGCCCGGUGGCGGCGGCGGCAGCCCCGCGGUGGGGGCGGCCCCCGCUGUCUCCGCCCGGCUCCUGCGCGCCGCCUCUGCUCUUUGCAUAGUAAUUUCAGUUCCUGCUGGCACCCGGCUCGCUCCCGGAACAGGUCUGAAAAGGACCGCCGCUACGAGCCCGCCUGAGCCAUCGGUGUGGCGCCGAGAGCCGCUGCUCGGGAUAUGCGACGGGAAGCCCCCGCCACAGCGCAGGCAGUGGCCGCGCCGCGCCGGGGAGAACCGGGCAACAGCAGGUUGGCCCUGCAGCGGAAUUGUCCUUGACGGUGUCUUCACUCUGAGCUACAACUGCAUCCCAGUGGAAGCACUGCUCAGGGGAGCGCUCUGAGGUUUUCCUAAAGGGAAAUUCCAUGGGGACUGUACCUGACCCUCUGAGAUCAGCUAAAACUUCCCUGAUUGAAGCUUCUGGAAAAGAAGAGGAUUUAGGAGAGGUGCGGGCGGCCUCACCUCAGCCUCGACCAGCCCUCCUGUGUGAGAACACCAAUGGCCUUUCCAGCACUCCUGCAGAGCCAGCCUUCGGCCCCAGGACAGCAGCUGAGGCCCUGAUGCAGGCUGGUGAGCAUGAGACCACCCAGCCCGCCAUGUCUUCUCCUGGCGUUGUCCGUGAAGUGGGGAAAACAUCUCCCACACUCAACUCUCCUGGUGAUACCCAGCUGCCGGGGAGCAGGGAGCCCACAGCACCAGCCCCAUGUUCUGCAGCAGAAAAGGAUCUUACACACGCAACAUUUACCAUGCCAGCUAAUCAGCACGCCCACCCGGCCAUCCCAGGCGACCAGCCCAAUGCUGGCCUCUACUCAGGACCUGAAGAUACCCUGGUGAAAUCACAGAGAACUUCAGAUGUAGAGCCACCCGAGAAGUCAAGUUGUCCUGUGGGGGACACCUGUGGUGGCAAUAAAGAUCAAGUGUCCUGUGAUUUUCCAUCUCGAGAAACAACCCAGGGAAUGGUGCAAGCUGCAGACACAGCAGCCAGAGUGUUCGGUAACACAUCCACUUCUGUAGGUGGACCUGAAGGGGAAAGGCAGCAAGCUGUUUGCGAUUCCCAGACAAGGUCCUGUGACUCUCCUGCGAGAGAUGAUGGAUGUUCCGGGAACAUACUACAGUCUGCCUCCACCUCAGACACCCAGGCUGUGACUUCAGGGACACCUCAACCAUCCCACCUCCCUAGCAAAGGGUCAACGUUUCCUUCAGAUCCGGAGAAGGUGCCACUGCCAGCACAUGCUCUGGUGUCAAGGUUCAAAGAAGUGGGCACGAUGACCAGCCAGGCUGAAAAGGAGGUCGAGGAAGCUCCCCCCAGGGCUCAGCAAGAUGCCGAGGUGCAGGCAGUGGCCAGUGUCGAGAGCAGAGCCGUGUCCACCAGCCCCAGCAUCCUCACUGCGUUCUUAAAGGAAGCCCCUGCUCAGGAGCAGUUCGAACCAGAGCAGCUGUGUGUCAUCUCCCAUGGCAGCGGCCGCGUGAGCCACACGUGGGAGCUGACUGACCACACCCAUGGGCCCCAGCAGGUGGCUCAGAGCCUGGGCAUCACGCCAGAGGUGCACAUCCAGGCGGCUGCAGCAGUUUCUACAGCUUCCCAAGGGGAAAGGGAAUCAGUGAACCCACCAGGCGAAGUCCUUAUGACCCCAGCAGUCAACGUGGCAUCCAGUAACGCUCAGGAUACGUGUAAAGAAAAUGGGAGGUCAGCAGGAAAGACCCUAGCAAGGGAAGGGCUCUCCUCUAAGCAGCUUUCAGGUGCUAGUUCUACCUCCCUGAAAGCUGGCCCCAGUGACCAGACCUCUGUCAGCACAGGACGUCCAGCUGGAACAAGCCAUGGGUUAGGGGCAUGUGAAAUGCAGCCAUCUGAGUUUGCUGUGGAAACCACAGAUGGCCACAGAGCAGACCCGGAUUACCAACUCUCCAGCUCUUGUGGCCCCACCAGCAAAGCUGACCAGUCUGGGAGCUUAGAUCUCACCAACCAAGGGAAUGCAAGAGAGAGGAAGCGUGUGUCUCCUCACGUCGUGGAAGAGCAGGAAUCCUCUGGCAUCGAUAUUCUGGAUGCAAAGGGAAGGGCAGAGGCCAAAAGCCUACUUCUCAACCCGAAAUCUCAAGAAAGUGGAGGCACAGCAUCAGCCGCCAGUCCCACCCCCUCUCCAGUCAGAAAGAGUCAGGAGGGCACCGGAGAAGAAAACAGACAGACCAAGACAGCCACCAGCCUAAGCCUGCCCUCCGAUUCCCUGGGGGAGUCCAGUCCGGGUUCUGGCAAGAGGACCCCUUCUCGCUCGGUCAAAGCCAGCCCCCGCCGGGCCAGCCGGGUCAGUGAGUUCCUCAAGGAGCUGAACGUGACAGCAGCCGCCGCUCAGGUGGGACUCACUCCAGGAGAGAAGAAAAAGCAGCUCAGUGCUGACUCCAAGCUCCAGUUGAAACAGUCCAAGCGUGUCAGGGACGUCGUGUGGGACGAGCAGGGCAUGACCUGGGAGGUGUACGGCGCUUCCCUGGACCCGGAAUCCCUGGGCAUCGCCAUCCAGAACCACCUACAAAGACAAAUCAGGGAACACGAGAAAUUAAUCAAAGCUCAAAGCAGCCAGACCCGGAGAUCCAUCUCCUCAGAUACUUCUUCCAAUAAAAAGCUCAAAGGCAGGCAGCACAGUGUUUUCCAGUCCCUGCUGCAGAACUUUCGACGCCCCAACUGCUGCGUCCGCCCCGCCCCUUCCUCUGUGUUAGACUGAAAAGGAAAACAGCUGCAGGGAGCCCUUGCAUGGGGUCUUCAUAGGUGUCCGUCUGUCAAAGCUUACUUGUUUUUUUCCUGAGAGACCAGGAAGAGAAAGCAAGUGUUAACUCCAGGAAAUUGCUGUGAAGGCUAGUGGGGUCCCUUGCUGGAGUCUUCAUUAAAAAAAAAACAAAAACACAUCAUUUCAAUUGGAAAGAAAGAAAACAAGCACGCUUCACUGAAGGUUUACAACUGUAAUUAA